AUGUCCAGUAAACUAUUAAAUGAAGGCGAAAGAAGGAAUUUAGUACUAAGCAAACCAGCUAUACAAAGUAGUCAAUAUUUGGGUUUUGUUGCGGGAAGAGCUAAUGAUGGCAUUGAUGGAGGAUUUACAUACCAAGGAAGUUGUAGUCACACGGCAGGACAUUCUGCUCCUGCUCCAGAAACACAUCCAUGGUGGGAAGUUGAUCUGUUACAAGAAUAUUAUAUUUCAGCUGUAGCCAUUUCACAUAUAUAUCAAGGCUCACCGCAAUUGUGCCAUGAUUUUUCUAUCAAGAUCUAUAGAGAUGGAGAAACUAUUGAUGAUGCUGUACUUUGUUACUAUCAUGUGGGGCAGCCAACUAAAGGUGCAACUGGGCUGUAUUGGUGUAAAACUGCUAUUAAAGGACGUCAUGUUAAAGUGAUCGACUCUGAGUAUUUAACUACUACAUCCUUUACCAAGUUCGACGACGGAGAUCUAGAAUUUCCAAAUAUGACGUAUAGUGUACAAGGAUAUGGUCAAUGUGCUAUGAAAUGUUAUGUGUUACCAAUGUGUCAUAUCUUCAGUGUUAAAUUGGUGUCUGACUAUUAUCAAUGUAAUAUUUUCACCACAGAAAAUCCAAAACUCAUUGCUAACACAACUGGUAACCCUGCAACCACUGUUUUUAUGAUAUGA